CUAAUGGUAUUAAUCAUAGAACAAUUUGAUGAGCUAAAGGUAGUGAAAAUUGAAGAUGGGGCAAUGCCUCAGCUUAAGCGGUUAACCAUGUGCAAGUGUCAGAAUUUGAAGUCACUUCCAGAAGGAGUGGCAGGUCUUAAUGCAUUUGAAGAAAUCAGAUGGAAUGAGAUGCCCGAUGAAUUCACUACAAUGGUUCAAGAACGUUGUUUCAGCAUAUUCGAGUCAUCCAUUCUUAGAGAUCUUCCGAAAUCGGAAUAUUUUUCAUUGCAGAAACACAAGGCAAACUGUUCUGCAAGAGGGGCAGCGGUCUGAAGGUGAAGAUGGCUGGUUUGAGUACAAGGAAUUGAAG